AUGUCGCACUCCCAUUCCCCUUCCUCAUCCUCGCACCCCACCCCCUCUUCUACCCCUCCACCACAACCCCGCUGCCCCUCCUGCACUUCCUUGCUAACCUCCCCUUCCCCCUCAUCAACCUACGAGCUGCGCACCUGCGACACGUGUUUUGUGCGUCUUCGGUGCACGGAGUCGCUCUGGGGGAGUACGAGGAGUGGCGAGAUUACGUUUUUCCCGCGGGUGCUGGAUGAUGAGGAUUUUUGUACCGAGGAGAGGGAGAGUGAGGAGGAAGGGGAUGGAGGGGUAAAAGAGGUGGAAGAGGAGAAGAAAAGGGGGUUGUUUGCUUGGGUUGUUGGUAGGAGGUGA